UCGGCGCGAAAACAAUCGUACAGGCACUUAACUGUAGACAGUAACUUUCAAACGUAUCCCAACUUGGUGCCUUCGUUCUCAAACCCUGACGCGGUGUUGUGUAAAAGUCAGGCGGGAUGGGGACAGCCCCAGGGUGCUGAAAGACCCAAGCUUGCUUCCUCCUGUGAAGACGUAGCUGCGGGUGGCUGUGGUGGUUGCGGCGGCCAAGAUGUCGACCAAGAAUUUCCGAGUCAGUGACGGAGACUGGAUAUGUCCUGACAAGAAAUGUGGAAAUGUAAACUUUGCUAGAAGAACCAGCUGUAAUCGGUGUGGUCGGGAGAAAACAACUGAGGCCAAGAUGAUGAAAGCUGGAGGCACUGAAAUAGGAAAGACACUUGCAGAAAAGAGCCGAGGCCUAUUUAGUGCUAAUGACUGGCAGUGUAAAACUUGCAGUAAUGUGAAUUGGGCCAGAAGAUCAGAAUGUAACAUGUGCAAUACUCCAAAGUAUGCUAAGUUAGAAGAAAGAACAGGAUAUGGUGGUGGUUUUAAUGAAAGAGAAAAUGUUGAAUAUAUAGAAAGAGAAGAAUCUGAUGGUGAAUAUGAUGAGUUUGGACGUAAAAAGAAAAAAUACAGAGGGAAAGCAGUUGGUCCUGCAUCCAUUUUAAAGGAAGUUGAAGAUAAAGAAUCAGAGGGAGAAGAAGAGGAUGAGGAUGAAGAUCUUUCUAAAUAUAAAUUAGAUGAGGAUGAGGAUGAAGAUGAUGCCGAUCUCUCAAAAUAUAAUCUUGAUGCCAGUGAAGAAGAAGAAACUAAUAAAAAGAAAUCCAAUAGACAGAGUCGCUCAAAGUCUCGAUCUUCACAUUCACGAUCUUCAUCACGCUCAUCCUCCCCCUCAAGUUCAAGGUCUAGGUCCAGGUCCCGUUCAAGAAGUUCUUCCAGUUCGCAGUCAAGAUCUCGUUCCAGUUCCAGAGAACGUUCGAGAUCUCGUGGGUCGAAAUCAAGAUCCAGCUCCAGGUCCCACAGGGGCUCUUCUUCCCCACGAAAAAGAUCUUAUUCAAGUUCAUCAUCUUCUCCUGAGAGGAACAGAAAGAGAAGUCGUUCUAGAUCUUCUUCAUCUGGUGAUCGCAAAAAAAGACGAACAAGAUCACGGUCACCCGAAAGCCAGGUGAUUGGUGAAAACACUAAACAACUCUGAGCCCAGGGCCAACCCCUACGGAACACCACUACUUUACCCAGGCACCACAGGUCAUCUUCUGGAUCAUCUCAUUCUGGUUCCCGUUCAAGUUCAAAAAAGAAAUAAUGUAUUAAAAUUUACAUCUUAAAAGAAAAUAUAUUCAGUACAGUGCAUGAAGCAUAUUUUUUAUGAAGUUGGUGUCUUACUGGUCAGAAGUGCUAAGUCUACUAGUAGAGGUGCAUGCCUUUCAUUGCUUUUUGGAACAAUACAUCUGUGUUUGUGAAAUUAAAAGUAAAUAGCAUUUUAAGCCAUAAUGUCCCAAAAUAGAUGCUACGCUGCAUUCAUUAUUUAAAAGCAUUUAUUUGCUUUAUAUAAAACCAUUUCUGCCAUAACAAAUACUUUAUUUCCUAAUUUGAGCUGUUUGUAUUCCAAAAUAUGUCUUGUCUUUUGACUAAGACAGGAUUGUCAAUUUGCCUGAACUUUAGGCAUGGAGGGAAGAACUAUGGUAAACUAGUUGGAAACAAGCUAUUUAUGUUAGUUUGGGAAAAGAAGUUAACCUGUUUAGAUUAACCUAUGUCAAAGUGACUCAUACCAGAAGAAGUUAAACUUAGUUGUAAAACAGUCAACUGGAACUGCUUUAUUUUGAAAGUCCCUUUGCUUAGGGUGCCUUAGAAUCAUUAACUCUUUUAUUCAGGUUUGCUUUUUGUACCACCAUAUUUACUGUAAAAGAAUCUUGUAAAUUGCAGGAGAAAGGUAUUACUCAUUUCUCUUACUGAAAUGGGGUUAAGAAGAAAAUCUAACAGUUUGUCUCUUCUCUGUUGAUAUGGUUGGCUGCUAAGAAAAACAUCUUCAAAAUGUUUGGUUAUCUUAAUGUUUUAAGAAGCUUUGUGUGAUAUAUUUCAAAAUCUGGUUGUAUAUGAGAGGUUAAAAAAGGCCAAAUCAUAGUUGUUAAUGAGAAGCAAAUUGAAGAGAGCUUCUGAAGUGUACUUCUCUUGGGAUGAAAGGCCAACCAAGACAUUGUGAAUUUAAGUGAACAUUUAUCUUGAGAUAUUUAACUUCAAACAUUUUGCAUAAAAUUUUCUCCUGAAGUGCAAAUGAAUACUUGUUUCUACAUGAUGUAAACAGAAAUCAUUACUGUUCCCAUUCACUUGAAGGUUCUUAUGGCUUAAAAUGCUUUGGGAAUUUGUUUUAUUUCUCAAAAUCUGGUCACUUGAGCUCCAUUUUGUCUUCUGGUUUAAAAAUAAAAAGGUUUCUCUUAACAGUAUCUUCAGUGACAAUGCAAGGUAAGUAUAUUAAGGGAAAUCAUCAGUUGUGCUUUAGGGCUUUUUUUGUCAAAGGGUAUGGAUUUUUUGUUUUUUUCCCUUUAACUUUAAUGUCUGCUGCAAUUUAAAUAAAAAUUAAAACAUUUUAGGAUAGUUAAUAGAUAGACCAAACAAAAUUAUAUUUGUUUUUAAUUUUAAAAUGAGUGUUUUUCUCUUCAGCUGAUCUAAAGGUGAAAACAAAAUAUCUUAUGUAGAAAUAUUUUGAUAAUAUUUUUACAAUGAACUGCCCCAUGUUUUUUUACGUAUUAUUUUCUUUGCUACAUUUACUGUAGGUUGCACAAGAACUUAUACUCUUUUAAUUGUGCCUCAGACUUCUUGAAAGUCCACCUUCUAAAUAGCCCAGAUCAGAUGAUCUUCUAGAUUUUAUAUGUUACCAUUUGUUUAUUCUUGUGCUUUUCUGUGUUUAAAACUUUGGCUGUACUAAACAAGUGCAAGGUUAUAAAAUUAGCUUAUAGUAGUUUACAAUUUGAAUGAUUAUGAUUUCAUUUGGUUUAAACUGUACUAGUUCAUUUCAUAAGGCAAUGAUACUGUAGACAAAUGUAAAUAAAGCCUGUGAGUCAAGCAUCAAGUGGUGGUUGUUAGAAAUAAACUAGAGAUUUUCAAGCUCUGA